UGCGAUCGGCUCCGCAGCAAGCCCGGGAAGGAAAACUCCUGCCUGCGCCCUGCUUCGCCUUGUGUAGUGGUGCGAGCUGCCUCUAGCUUUAGGGGAGUUGCCGAACGGUGGAUUCCAUUAAGACCAACAGAAACUAAAAGAAAGCGAUUGGUUUAUUGGCGGCAUCCAGCUCUCCCCAAAGGUCAAGGGAAAGUACCGAAGCCACGAUGGCGUGCUGGUGGCGAAGGCUGGGUUUGCGGGUACUGCAAGGAGGGACUUGGGCAUCGCUCCGGACCAAGAUGAGAGAGGAUCGAUCCUUACGCGACGCUGGGAGAAAAGGGCGCAAUCUCCGGGCUGUAGUGCCAGGGACUGGCAUCAGUCAUUCCAAGGCGCACCAGUACCAGCUGCAAGGAGCGCCUAGAGUCGACUCCCAAGGCAUCAGUCGCCGGGUGUUUUGUAGCUCGCCAAGGGACAGAGACGGAGGGGAUGAGCCACAAAGGCAAGGUAGCCCUAAAUCGUCGUGGGACUCCGUUAGGUUGACGGAGACGGGCAGGGCUCGGAGAAGGUCGUUGUCGCCUUUAGAAAGGCUGAGCCAGACGAUUCCCGAGGAGCUCCUUUCUGCGGAGAUCAGAGCCCUGAGAAGCGCGCAAGUGAAGGGGUCCAAGCCGCAGGAACGCGAAACCGGCGUCGCAGAAGAGGAAGGUUUUCCUGGGGCAGAUUCCCAGCUGGAUCGAGGCUCGCUCUCCGAGAAAAUCCAGAACGUGCCUUCCAAGAACUGUCCCUUCCGAGUUGGGGAGCUGAUUCUAGUACAGGCUUAUCGAAAACACGGCUCGGAAUUGAAGACUCAGUGCCUGCUCUCCGAUACCGGAAUGUGUAAUACGCAUUUCGGUUUCAUUAGAUUCUCAGCGAUCGUUGGCAAACUCCCCGGGCAGCUGUUCCAAACGUCCCGGGGUGAAAUGUUGCUAAUUAGGAGGCCGUCAUUAGAAGAAUACGUGCUGCUGAUGGAUCGAAAACCUGCCAUCAUCAGUCCGAAGGAUGCCAAUACAAUGCUGCUGCUAAUGGAUGUCACUCAAGGGGACACAGUAUUGGAAGCUGGUUCUGGUUCUGGCGGUAUGAGUUUAUUUCUAUCAAAAGCAGUUGGGUCACAAGGACGUGUUAUAAGUUAUGAAAUCAGGGAAGAAUAUCACAAAUUGGCAAAGAAGAAUUUUUGGCAAUGGUGUGAUGCAUGGCAAAUAGGGCAUUCUAAAGAGUGGCCCAAUAAUGUGGAUUUCAUUAAUCAAGAUAUUUUGACUGCAGCUGAAGAUCUGAAAUCUGUAACACUUGAUGCAGUAGCUCUGGACAUGCUUUCCCCUCAGAAUGCUUUAACUGCAGUUUUCCCAAGUCUUAAACAAGGCGGGGUUUGUGUUGUAUACUUUACAAAUAUCACUCAGGUUGUUGAACUGAUUGAAGCGGUCCGGAUCAGGAAAUUAGCCCUUUUCUGUGAAAAGAUUUUAGAAGUAACACAUAGAGAUUGGCUAAUAUGCCCAGCUACUUGGGAAAAGAGAAAUGUUUUUAAAAAUAUAGCAUCUGAGCUAAACAUCGAUAAUGAAACCGUUUGUCAUUAUGAAAAUGAUGUCUCUGCUGAAGAGAGAGGAAAUGAAGCUCUUGUUUCUGCCAGUGUAAACCCACCUUACAUUGCUAAACCUUUCCCAUAUCAAGUUGGUCAAACAGUAUUCCUUGUAAAGCUGAGGAAAUUCAAUGUGCUAUAUCCAAACACUGCUUCAGAUGGUAUCUGCCAAUUUGAAGAUUGUACUUCAUCAGAAAUAACACAUUAAAUUGUCUUCUGCUGUGUGUAUGAUUUGGGAAACAUUGAAUGUGUUUUACAUUGACUAAGAUACAGU